UUUUCUUACUGCAUAGUGUUGCGUACUGUUGUUACAUAAUCUUUCUUCAUCUUCAUAAUGAAUGUUAAAUUUUGAUUAUUUUAUCAAAAGUAAAGCAUCAUUAAUUAAAUGUCAUAAAUAUUGAAAAGAUGUGGCAUUUAGUAUUACUUUCUAUAGCAAUAGUAACUGCUACAAGUAUAUCAAAACAAGAAGAUAGAUCUACAAAAUCUUUUCAAGCAAACAAAAAUGUAAUUCAUAAAGAUGACAAAAAUAUUGAUUUUACAAAUGUCAAAACUAAAAAAGGUGGAAGAAAGAUAAUAUAUGCUGGUGGUUGUAUUGCAAGCCCAGAUCCACCAACUAAUGGGAAAAUAAAAUGUUCUAUAGACAGUGGAUGUAUUGCCAGCUGUGAAUAUGAUUAUAAUUUUCCAAAUGGUGUAGAUCAACUGGCUAUAAUAUGUAAUGAUGCAAAGUGGCAUGUUGUUGGUACAGAAUGGAGUACAAUACCACAUUGUGAACCAAUAUGUAUGCCUGAUUGUCAAAACAACGGAAUUUGCGUUGCACCUCAUCAAUGUGACUGUCCUGAAAAUUUUUCUGGCCCACAAUGCCAAUUUGAAAAUAAACCAUGUUUGGAUUUUAUUCCACUUAUUCUUAAUUCUCAUAAACGUUGUAAUUCUAAAUUUUGUACUAUAUCUUGUUUGGAAAAUUUUGUAUAUCCAGAUGGAUCAGCAGUCGCUAAUCUAGUUUGUAAAAAUGGUAACUGGGUACCAACUAGGACAGAUUGGGUAUCAAUUCCAGAUUGCAUACCUGUUUGCAAUCCACCUUGUCAGAAUGGUGGUAAUUGUUUGCCUAGAAAUGUAUGUCAAUGUCCACAAGAAUUCAGAGGACCUCAAUGUCAAUAUACAACGGAUGUCUGUAGUGCUGAAAAAUUGAACUUCAAUGGUGGUAUUUAUUGUACUAGCUCUGGAUAUAUAAAUUCCUGUACCUUAAAUUGUCCAUUAGGCAUCGAUUUUGAAUUUUUACCAGCAGCUGCUUAUACUUGUAAUUACGAUACAGGAGUUUUCUUACCACAGCCAAUUCCUCAAUGCAAAUUUGAUGAUAAUAUAAAUGUUUUGACUGUUGAUACUUCAUAUAAUUCAUAUCUUCAUAAGUCUAAUCGUACGUGGUCCAUUGAAAGUAGUUUUGAAUCCAUAGGAGGAAGUAACAUUACUGACUUUUUUAAAUUAUAUAGAGGUGACCAAAUGGCAGAGAAUUUAUUUGGAACAUUGGAUAAUAACUAUGCUUUUAUUGAAGAAAAAAGACCUGAACCAAAGACUUGUUUUACUUGGGGUGGUGCGCAUUAUAAAACUUUCGAUGAUAAAAUUUUUAGUUUCGAAAGUGAUUGCAGCCACAUUAUGCUGCAAGAGAUGAACAAUGCUCUUAUAACAAUAACUGUACAAAAUAGUCCAAGCUGUAGAACGGAAAAUCGUUGCUUUAGAAUUAUUAAGCUUUUCGUUGGUGGGAAGGAAUACAUUCUUUCACGGAAUGAGGGAGACAUACUUGAAUUUCGUAGCAUUAAAAAAAUAUUUCCAAUACCAGUUCGUUUACCAGGCUUACGUGUUGAGAUGUCAGCGCAUUUCGUUAUUGUUUAUGUAGACUCAUUAGGAGUCAAAUUGAAGUGGGAUGGAGCUCUAUUAUUACAGAUAGAUGCUUCUGAAACUAUGUGGAAUAAAACAGCAGGAUUAUGUGGAAGAAUGAAUGGCGACGCUAACGAUGAUUUGAUAAGCAAAACUGGAAAUCAUCCAACUAAUAUUGAAGUACUGGCAAAUAGUUGGCAACUUGAAAAUAUCGGUGAAACAUGCAAUGAAUAUCCAAAAGUAGAGCAUUCUUGCACAUCUCAUCCGCAAUAUGCUCAAGAAGCUUAUGAAUUUUGUACAAAAUUAUUGUCGGAUAAUAAAUUUCGAAGUUGUUCCAGUACAUUAAAGAUUUCAGAUAUGGAAUUAGCUUGCUUCUGGGAUUAUUGUACUUGUAAUGAUUUAGAUAGAAGGAUGUGUGCAUGUAAUACAAUGAAUGUUUAUGUAAGACAAUGUGCUCAUAAAGAUAUUGUUCCUUUGGCUGGCUGGAGAAAUGAAGAUCUUUGUCCAAUGCAAUGCACAAAAGGACGUGUGUAUAUGCCAUGUGGACCAAGGAUACAACCUUCUUGUGGUUUUGAUAUUGAUUCUAAUAUAAAUGAUGAGGAUUGCGAAGAAGGUUGUUUCUGUCCGAAAGGUUUUUUGAUGCAUGAAGAUAAGUGUAUACUACAAGAAGAAUGUCCUUGUAGAUUAAGAGGAAAAUUAUUUCAACCUGGAGCAAGUGUGGCAAAAGAUUGUAAUACUUGCACUUGUACUUCUGGAAAAUGGAUAUGUACGCAAAUUCAAUGUAGUGCUAGAUGUGCUAUCAUUGGUGAUCCACACUAUACAACUUUUGAUGGUAAACACUAUGAUUUCAUGGGUAAAUGUAAAUAUUAUCUCUUGAAAGGAGAGAAUUAUAGCAUUGAAAGUGAAAAUGUUCCAUGCUCUGGAGCAAUAUCAGAGUAUUUAGGCUUCAGUACGUCAGAUACACCUUCUUGUACAAAAACAGUAACAAUAAGAACAGAACAAGCUAUUGUCAAAUUGAAACAAAAUAGGCAAAUAGUAAUUAAUGGGGAAGAUGUAAAUAAAUUGCCACUUUUGGUUAAUGGAAUAAAAAUACAAGCUGCAAGUAGUAUAUUUCUUGUAGUUCGUAUGUUAAAUGGUUUAGAAGUGUGGUGGGAUGGCAUAUCGCGUGUUUAUAUUAAUGCACCAGCAGAAUUUCAUAGUAAUACAAGAGGACUUUGUGGAACAUUUUCUAAUAAUCAAAAAGACGAUUUUAUAACACCAGAUGGUGAUAUUGAACAGGUAGUAACUUUGUUUGCUAAUAAAUGGAAAACAAAUGAACAAUGUUUAGAUGUUCAUGAUAGAGAACCAAAACAUCCUUGUGAUUUAAAUCCACAAAAACGUGCUUUAGCAGAAGAGUAUUGUUCUAAGCUGUAUACUGAUAUAUUUUCUGGUUGCCAUUGGUAUGUUGAACCUGAAGUAUUUUACAAAGAUUGCUUAUAUGAUAUGUGUGCAUGUACAACUGAUAUUAAGACAUGUUUCUGUCCUGUGUUAUCGGCAUAUGCAAAAGAUUGUGCAGCAGCAGAAAUAAAAUUAUUAUGGCGUCACGAAAUUCAAGAAUGUAGCAUUCAAUGCUCUGGAGGUCAAGAAUAUCAAAUUUGUGGAAAUAGUUGUAAAAGAUCAUGUGGAGACAUAUCUUUCAAUCCAGAUUGUAAAGAAGAAUGUGUAGAAGGUUGUAAUUGUCCUGAGGGUCAGACAUUAGAUAUUAUGGGUGAAUGUAUCCCAAUUGGUCAAUGUCCUUGUAUUCAUUCAAAUAUAGAAUUUAAAGCUGGUUAUCAAGAAUUACGACCUGGACAAAAAGGACAGGAUUUAUGUACAUGUACAGGUGGCAAAUGGAAUUGCAGACUUGCUACAUCAAAAGAGAUUCAAAAAUAUCAAUUAUUUAAUAAUGCAUCAGUUAGUUGUUCUGUAACUAAGAAUUUAGAAUUAACGGAUUGCGAGCCAGUACGAUCGAAAACAUGUCAUAAUAUGCAUAUACCAAUUACAGAAAGUAGUAUUACUUGUAAACCAGGAUGUAUCUGUAAAUCUGGUUAUGUUUUGGAUGUAAUAAAUGGCGUUUGCAUCAAAGAAGAGGAUUGUCCUUGUCAUCAUGGAGGAAAAAGUUAUAAAGAGGGAUCGAUUAUACAAAGUGAUUGUAAUACAUGUAAAUGUACAAGUGGUAAAUGGAAUUGCACAGACAGAAUAUGCGCAGGGGUUUGUUCUGCGUGGGGUGAUUCUCACUAUGAAACUUUCGAUGGCAAAUUGUUUAAUUUCCAAGGUGUGUGCGAUUAUAUUUUAGCGAAAGGUGUUUUGAGCAAAGAAGAAACAUUCUAUAUUUCUACACAAAAUGUUCCUUGUGGAACAACUGGAGUAUCCUGUUCUAAGUCCAUAACACUUAAAGUAGGACAUGGUGUUAAUCAAGAAGUAAUUACAUUAACAAGAGGAAAAGCAUUGCCCAAAGGAAAUUUUAAAAGGAUUGCUAUUAGGACAAUAGGUUUAUUCGUGUUUCUUGAUGUGCCUGAUUUAGGUUUAGUACUACAAUGGGAUAAAGGUACUAGGGUUUAUAUUAGAUUAGAUCCAAAAUGGAAAGGACAUACAAAAGGUCUUUGCGGUGAUUAUAAUGAUAAUAGCAAGGAUGAUUUUAAAACACCUUCUGGUGGCAUUUCUGAAGUUUCUUCUAACUUGUUUGGAGACUCAUGGAAAAUAAACGAUUUUUGUCCCGAACCUAAAGAUAUUAAAGAUCCGUGCGAACAGCAUUCAGAACGUAAAUUAUGGGCCAUUGAAAAAUGUAAUAUUUUGAAAUCUGAUCUUUUCCGACCAUGUCACUCCGAGGUGGAUAUUGAAUUUUAUAUACAAAAUUGUAUUUUCGAUACAUGCAGUUGUGAUACAGGUGGCGACUGUGAAUGUCUUUGCACAUCAUUAGCAGCGUAUGCUCAACAAUGUAAUGCAAAAGGUGUUCCUAUAAAAUGGCGUUCCCAAGAUCUUUGUCCAAUGCAAUGUGAUAAAGAAUGUAGUAGCUAUUCUCCAUGUAUUUCAACAUGUCCACAUGAAACUUGUGACAAUCUUUUAACUAUUAAAGAUAAUUUACAUUUAUGUUCACAAGACGCUUGUAUCGAAGGUUGUUUAUUUAAAGCAUGCGCGGAUGAUCAUGUCUAUAAAGAUACUAAUUAUACAGAAUGUGUUCCUAGAUCAACAUGUAAGCCAAUAUGUCUAGAAAUUAAUGGGACUGUUUUCUUCGAAGGUGAUGAAGUUAGCAAUGAUAAUUGCAAAACUUGUUUCUGCAGUCGCGGUAAAAUAAUAUGCCAAGGUGGACCGUGUUCAACUACUUCAACAGUACCUACAAUUCUUAUGGAAGAGCCACAAAAAUGUAUCGACGGCUGGUCAGCUUGGAUAAAUAAAGAUAAAAACGUAAAAGGCCGGAAACUCAAUGACAUUGAACAAUUACCAAAUUGGAUUGAUUUGGCACUGAUCGAGGGUUCAGCCGUUUGUACGAAGGAGCGGAUGAUCGAUAUAAAAUGUCGAUCCGUAAAGAGUCACUUAACUCCAAAAGAAAGUGGUUUAGACGUUGAAUGUAGUUUGGAACGUGGCCUUUACUGCAAAUCUCAACCAGAUCUUCCAUGCAUAGAUUUUGAAAUUAGCGUUUUGUGCCAGUGUCCAUCAAAAACUACAGAAUCAUCAAUAACGAUUCCAACAUCUACCAAAGCACUAGACAACGUGUGCGAAUUGGCAAAUUCUUAUAAAGCACAUCCAACAGAUUGUUAUAUUUUCUACCAUUGCACUCCUACAAUUACUCAAAAUGUAUGGGUUGAAAAAACGUGUGGCCCAGAUAUGUUUUACAAUCCAAACUUUAAAACAUGUGAUUGGCCAGCAAACGUUAGACUUAUUAGACCUGAAUGUUCUCUUAAAGAAACAACUCUAAGCAAAGAAACUGAGUUUAUAACAAAUACAACUACAUCUUAUGAAAAUACGUUGAUGACAACUUAUAGAAAAAAAGUUACUACUACAAGAUUAUGUGAAGUUGAUGAGAAAUGGAACGAUUGUGCUAUUAAAUGUAGUCAAACUUGUCAAUAUUAUCAUUAUACUUUAUUAGAGCAAGGCCUUUGUAAGGGAGACACAGAUUGCAUUCCAGGAUGUGUAUCGUUGAAACGAACAGAAUGUCCUUUAUAUAAAUUUUGGAAGGAUUUUGAAACGUGCGUUGAUCAAAUCGAUUGCACUUGUAAAUCUCACAACGGACAGAGUAUCAAACCGGGUACCGUCGUUAAAGAAACCGAAUGUGAAAUAUGUCAAUGUAUUAAUAAUUAUUAUACUUGCGAUAAAACGUUAUGUACGAAUGUUAUUCAUCAAGUCGAACCAUCAUCGUCCACACUUAUGUUCGAUUACGAAACGGAGUCUUCAACUUCUACGACUACAGAAAAGCAUAUAAUUAUUGUAUCCAAUACUGUAACUCCACCCGAACUAUGUCAUAGUGAUAGAUACAUACCACUCAUUCAACAAUCCGAACCAAAUAAAAUUUCUCUUUACGCUAGUAGUAGUAAUGGCGUUGAAUUUCAACCUGAAAAUGCAUUAUUUGAUGGCCAAAUAUCAAAGGAGUCUGUUAAAAGUUGGCAACCACAAUUUGUUGACAAAAAUCAAUGGCUUGCUAUAGAAUUUCAACAUGCUUUACCAAUUUAUGGUAUCAUUUUGAAAGGUUCACCCAUCGACGACAAAUUUGUAACAAGUUAUCAAAUUCUUUUCUCUGAAGAUGGUCACGCAUUUUCAUAUGUAAUGGAUAAUACAAACCAACCACGUAUAUUUAGAGGUCCUGUCGACGGUGUCAAGGCUGUUGAACAAAAAUUUUAUGAACCUAUCGAAGCAAAAAUUAUUCGAAUAAAUCCGUUGACAUGGCACAAUGGAAUUGCUAUUAAAGCCGAAAUACUUGGUUGCGAGGAAAAUAUAGUUAAAGGUACAACUGAGAAAUUAUCUACAACUGUAAAAGAAUUUCUUGGAUCAACGACCGUUGGAUAUACCGAUAAAGUUAUAAAACCAGUGUGCGAUGAUCCUAUGGGAUUGGACGAUGGAUUAUUGUCAGAUACACAAAUCUCAGCAUCCUCUUCUUUCGAUAAUUUAUUACCAAAUAUCAGAUUAUCAGCACCAGGUGUAUGGAGGCCAAGAUUGGAUAAUUUCAAUCAAUACAUUCAAUUUGACUUUUUGGAACCACGAAAUGUAACAGGAAUUAUAACAAAAGGAGAUAAUAAUAUAUGGACAACUGUUUACAAAGUUUCUUAUAGUAUCGAUGGUCGUCAAUGGAAUCCAAUCAUUGAUGACAAUGGUAACGAAGUAGAAUUUUUAGGAAAUUUCGAUUCCAGCAACUCUAAGACUAAUUUAUUUGAGAAACCAUUGCGAACAAGAUUUUUACGAAUACAACCGGUGAAGUGGCAUGAUCAUAUAGGAUUAAAAGUUGAAGUACUUGGAUGUUUCUUACCGUAUCCUAUAGUAACAACAGAAUUGCCUGAAUCAACGACAGAACCGAAUAUAUCUGUAUGUAACAUAUGCGAGGGUAUAUUAACAGAGAACGAUAUUAAAUGUAAAUGUGAUCGAUCAUUUUGGUGGAAUGGAGAAACUUGCGUUUCAAAACAGAAUUGUCCAUGCGUUGUUGGUCAUAUUUCGUAUGAUGUUGGAUCGAUCUAUGAAUCAGAAGAUUGUCAGCAAUGUUCUUGUACCUUAGGUGGUAUAUCUUCUUGUAUACCAAAAAAAUGUGAACCAUGUCCUGAGUCAGGAAUGCAAGUAGUUGUCACAGAAUUAUGUAGCUGCGUUUGUAAACCUUGUCCAUUUGGUACAAGACACUGUCCAACUAGUAACAUUUGCUUAAACGAAACGUUAUGGUGUAACGGAGUUCAAGAUUGUCCUGACGACGAGAAGAAUUGUACAAAAAUUGAAACAUCAUCUACUGCACAUUUCGAAUCCACGAUUAAAUAUACAACCACUCCAAUUUCUAUUAUAACAAGUACUGUUUCAGUUCCUUUAGUCCAAUGCGAAGAUCCAAAAUGUCCUCCAAGAUACAAGGUAGUUAUACGAGACACGUGGAAUUCACAUUAUACAUCUAAAUCUUAUAGCAAAAGCAGUACUCAUCAAGAAAAUAAUUACAUUGUCGAGACGAAAAAUAGUCAUGAUAUUUAUACAAAAGGUAGACGAAAACCUACGAAACAGUCAACAAAAAAAAAUUAUAACAGAAAAUCAUGGACACGCCAUCAUACAGUUGAUUAUAAUAACUAUAACAGUCGUGAAAGUAUGAUUUGUCCACAUUUUACCUGCGUCCCGAUAAAUCCACCAUUAUUAUUUAACGAAACAGAAACAGAAAAUUGUCCAGAAGUAGUAUGUCCUCCAAAUUAUGCAAUAAAAUAUGAAAAAAUGAGUAUGUAUAAGAUUGAAAAAUGUCGAAAGUACACGUGUGAGCCUCCACUACCAUUGGAAGCUAUUUGCAACGUUACAGGCAGAACCUUUAAUACAUUUGAUGAUUUAGAAUAUAAAUAUGAUGUCUGCAAUCAUAUUUUAGCAAGAGAAAUGUAUGAAAAUAAAUGGUAUAUUACGUUGGAAAAAGAAUGUGACAAAUAUGGUAUCCAAUGUUCACAAAAUUUAGUAAUAUUUAUUGACGGUGAAAUAAUAGUUUUAUAUUCAGAUAUGCAUAUGGACAUCAAUGAUUAUACUUUUACAUCGAAUCAAGUUGGAUAUAUUGGUGAAAAAUUUAAGUUAUUUAAAGUGUCACGUAUCGGUGACACUAUAUAUCUUAUUUGCAAGCAUUAUGGAUUUUGGGUUAUGUGGAAUGCAGAUACAAAUGUUAAGAUUGGUAUUAAUAAAAAAUUGCAUAGUCAGGUUGAUGGACUUUGUGGUUACUUUGAUGGGUAUACAUUAAACGAUAAACAAAUGCCUAAUGGAAGACAAUCUAAAAGUACAAUUGAAUUUGGAAAUAGUUGGGUAAUGGAAGGUGCAUCGCAAUGUGAAUCUCAAGUGUGUCCACAUGAUAUUCAAGCACAGGGAUGGACAAUUUGUAAUACGAUAAAAGAUAGAUCUUUAGCUGUUUGUUCUGGUGUGGUAGAUUUGGAAAAAUUCCUUUCGAGAUGUUUAGAAACUGCUUGCACUUGUUUACGUAGUAAUUCUACUUACGAUAAUUGUCGUUGCCGGACAUUAACGACUUUCGUUACGGAAUGUCAGGCUAACGAUCAAAAUAUUGAUUUGUCAACUUGGAGAAAUAUUUAUGAUUGUCCUGAUAAUUGUUUGGCACCAUUCGUACAUAGAGAUUGUUUUCGGAAUAAAUGCGAACGUAGUUGCAAUGAUUUGCAAGAAGCCGAUCCUUGUCCAAUUAUGGAAGGUGUAUGUUUCUCGGGUUGCUUUUGUCCAGAGGGUACAGUACGCAAUGGUGACGACUGCGUUGUUACAACUGAAUGUCGUGACUGUAUUUGUGAAGGAUUCGGUAAUUCAAAGUUUAUUAGCUUCGAUAGAAAAAAUUUCACGUUCCAAGGAAAUUGUACAUACAUUUUAUCAAGAGAUGUAAUCGACAAGACAAAUUCGCGACAUAAAAAUCAUACAUAUCAGGUCUUAGUUUCUAAUACUAUUUGUGAUACUGGUAUUUGCACAGAAGCCAUUAUUGUUUUGUAUGAAGCGCAUGUAAUUCAAAUCGAACGGACACCCGUUAUAAAAAUGUUUGAAGUACAUAUUGAUAAUACAAAAGUGGAACGAUUACCUUAUGAAACGCAUUGGCUGAAAUUGGAGGAAACACCUGGAAAAGAUAUGAAAUUAUUAAUACCAGCUAUUCAAUUAGAAAUUAUUAGCAUGCAAUCUAAUUUCGCAUUCACAGUUAGAGUUCCUUCGCGUAUAUUUGGUGACGCCGUUGAAGGUUUAUGUGGAAAUUGUAAUGAUGAUAUAGAAGAUGAUUUAAAAAAACAAGAUGGCAAGAUCACAGAUAGCGUAGAACAGUUUGGAAAAAGUUGGUUGGUUGAUAGUUUACCAUUUAACAUUAAUCUGAACAUUGACAAUUGCAUUUCUAAACAAGAGCCCAUAUGUAAUUCAGCAAUAUUGAAAGAAGAUCCGUGUAAUCAAAUUUUAAGUACAAUAUUUGCACAAUGUCAUGAUUUUGUUGAUCCAUAUCCAUAUUUAGCUGUAUGUCAAGAUACGUUAUGUAUUGGAGGAGAUUAUUGUAUUAAUUUAGCAGCAUAUGCAAGAAAGUGUGCAGAAGCAAGUUUAUGUAUUGAUUGGAGAACAGAUGACAUAUGUCCAUAUACAUGUCCACCAUAUUUAACAUAUAAAGCAUGCGGUUCAGGUUGUAUCGAAACUUGUGACAAUAUUAACAAAGAAAGCAAGGAGAAAUGUCAUGUACAGUUUGGAGAAGGAUGCUUUUGUCCAGAAGAUUAUGUACUUCAUAAUAGCACCUGCGUUAACAGGAAAAAAUGUUCAGUUUGCGACGAAGAGGGUCAUAUAGAAGGUGAUAUCUGGUAUUCGGAUAAAUGUACUACAUGCAGUUGUCAUCAAAAUCGAGUUAAUUGUCAGAAGAUAGAAUGUCCGACGUUGGAUACAAUUUGUGAAGAAAAUAUGACGCCUAAACUUGUCCCCGGUACCGAAACAGAUUGUUGCCCGAAAUAUUUGUGUAUCGCAGUAACAGAGUCUCCAUUAUGCGAAGAAGUACAGCAACCCGAUUGUGGAUUUGGACAGAUUAUGAAAUUGCAUACUGAUUCUAAAGGAUGUAAAAAAUUCGUGUGUGAAUGUUUACCACCGGAAGAAUGUCCUGCGUUUGAGGACAUUGAUGUAGAAGUUGAAAUAUUGGAGCCUGGUAUGAUGAAAGUAAUGAAUACAAGUGGUUGUUGUCCAAAACUUGGUCAUAUUUGUAAUCCACAGAUAUGUCCUUCGGUACCAGAUUGCCCCGAUUAUUAUAUAUUAAAUGAAAAUCGAUUAACAAAUGCAUGCUGUCCACAUUACGAGUGUAAUCCUCCAAAAGAUAUUUGUCUUUACAAUGUAACAUCAAAUAUAAAAAAUAUGUCAGGCUCACAAUACGUGAUAUCAAAAACAAUUGGAGAAGAAUGGGAAGAAAAUAAUUGUAGAACAUGUAUUUGCGAAGAUACAAAUUCAGGUCCUGAGAUAAAGUGUUCAAUGAUAAAGUGUCCUGAUGUGAAAAUUCAUCCAGAUAUAAGUGACUUUGUAAUGGAAGAAGUUUUGAUGAACGACGAAUGUUGUCCAAGCUUGAAACGUGUUGCAUGCAAGGAAGGAGAUCAAAUUUAUAACGUUGGUAAAACAUGGAAACCUGAUCACGAAGAUGCUUGUAUUACGAAAGAGUGUAUAGAAAUCGCAGGUGGCAUACAAAAACAAAUUAAGAUACAAGAUUGUAAUAUUUCUUGCGAUUAUGGUUACGAGUAUCGACCAUCUAAUGAUAAAAGCAAUUAUUGUUGCGGAGAGUGUGUAGCUGUUGGUUGUGUCGUAAACGAAGAAAUAAAAAAUAUUGGCGAACAGUGGUAUUCCAGUGACAAUUGUAUUACUUAUUCUUGUCAAUCUAUAAAUGGAAGUCUGUAUAUAAAUUCAGUAACUGAGAAAUGUCCUCAAAUCGAUCCAACGGAUGAACAAGAAUUUGAGAUUGAGAGAUAUUCCGUACCUUAUAAAUGUUGUCCGGAUAUCGUUAAAACAGCUUGUCGUCAUAACGAUCAGAUAUAUAAGCCAGGUGAAAAGUGGAAACAUUCAAAUAAUAAUUGUAUCACUGAAAUUUGCGUACUAGGAACAAAUGGACUUACAAAACAACAAGAGAUUGAAACUUGUCCCAAAGAAUGUCCUAUAGGUUGGAGUUAUCAACCAUCAAAAGAAAACAAAUGUUGUGGAGAGUGUCAACAAGUAUAUUGCGUGGAUGAAAAUAUUCUUUAUGAACCAGGUGCAACGUGGUCAUUGAAUGAUAAUUGUACAACGUAUACAUGCAUGCAAAAAGAUGAUCAGUUUAUGGUUAGUAUGAGUUCCGUAGAUUGUCCUGACAUUACACACUGUCCAAAAGAAUCUAUAUACAACGAUGGUUGUUGCAAACGAUGUAACUUAACAGUCCUUAGUCAAACAGGAAACUGUGUUUUAAACAAAAUGAAUUUGAGCGAUACUAUUGGUAUUCUUAUUGAGAAACACAGAGAACUUGGAAUUUGUAAAAAUUUAGAGCCUAUAGAAGGAAUUACAAAUUGUGUUGGAACAUGUCCUUCUAAAACAUAUUUUGAUGAAGAAACAUGGACUCAGUCUAGCGAUUGUAAUUGUUGCCAGCCAAAAGAAUAUCGUGAUUCUACGAUCGAGCUUACUUGUGAAAAUGGGAAAAAGAUUUCUAAACGAGUAUUUCUACCAAUUUCGUGCUCCUGUGAUACGUGUGCAUCAAUAAAAUAGUUGAUAAUGAUUUAAGCUCAUUCAAUAUAUUUUUAUAUAACAUAUUUCUCUUGUGAAAAAUAAAACAAAUAAAUAAUAU